AUGGUCUACGAUGCUGGUGGGGCAUCAGCAGUGUGGAGCAUCGGUGAUGCUUUCUGCAAAGUCAAAAUCCUGAAUCCUGAUGCCACACGAGAACACGUUACGUUAGACUACCUUCACAAAAAACGUCCCCUCAGCUUUGCAAUUCCAGAUGUUCAUUAUCAUACAGAGCAUGAUGGCCGAUACUAUAUCAUUCUCAGUAGAUUGGCUGGCCAAACUCUGACUGAGGCGUGGCCUACUAUCGACGAGGCAAUGAAGCAACACUAUGUUUCUCGAAUCGCGGAUAUCUGCAAGGAGCUAGCAGUAUGGCGGGGCGAUGGUAUCAGCGGCGUUGAUGGCCAGCACCUAUCGGAUCAUUUCCUUACUCGGCUUCAAUUAUCCGUCGACUGCAGUCCUCAAAGCCUAUUGAAUAAUUGCAAGGAAGUAGAGAUGGAUUGUUCUACAUUUGUUUUCUAUCAUUGCGACUUGGGGCCUGGGAAUAUAAUUGUGAACGCCGUAGAAGGAUCAAUAGGAAUUAUUGACUGGGAAACAGCUGGAUUUGUUCCUAAGGAAUGGACAAGGACAAAGUUCUAUAUUUCAAGCGUGAUGGACCUGCCGGGAAGUGAUCAAGGUUCUAGAGUGGAUUGGAGAAGGAGGGUUUUUCUGUGGUUGGAGAGAGGUGGAUGA